AUGUCGCGCAAACGCCGCAACACGUCAUCUCCCGAGCCCGAUGAGUCUCCACUCGUCAAGCGUCAAUACAGGAGCGAUUCAGAGGAAGAGGAGACGGAUGAAGUCCCGUACAUCGACCAGUUUAGUGGCCAGGUCGGUGCGUUUCCUGGGCUUGGGGAGGAUAGGGGUGAACUCUUCUACGGGCCUGCGAAUGAUGGAGUCGACUACCUGAGGAUGGUGCGGUCGGAAGCAAAGGCUGUCCCAUCCAUUCUAUCUGCUCAGAUAGAGGCCGCACAUCUGAAUGGAAUCGAAGAAAAGGAGGAGAUGGGGCAGGGCGGGUACUAUAACGAUGGCACAUACACUGCAGUCAACCAAAUUCCAACACCAGUGGAAGCAGACCCGCGCUUACCACCUGCUCAAAUCCAGUACUACAACUCGCUUCUCGCACAUUUCAGACUAGUCCGUGCUACGCUAAGAUGCCUACCACCUCUUCCAGCUGUUGAAGCGCUUCGUCCCUUGCAGUUCAUAUCAUUCCCGGAGAACAGUCGCAAGGUGCGAAAGCAGUGGGAAGAGCACAUGUUGUCUGCGGACCCUCAUCCUGUUCAGGUUGCCUGUAUGGAUAUGAAUACUGUCGUGGAGUUGGUCAGGUUCAUCUCGGCAAAUCUGUACAAGAUGCUCCACACACGGGAUCCAGUGAGGGUGACGAGGAUUGGAGCUUGGGUGUGGGCAGUCCUGGGGAAGUGCCGAGAUCGCGGAGAGUUGUCGAGUGAGGAGGUGGGAGACAUCCGAGAGUUGGCGCAGAAGGCGCUUCGGUUACAGGAGAUGGGAGACGUACAGCAUGGACCAGGAGACGAGGACGAGGACGAGGAUCAGGAGGAGAAGGAAGGUUCACAUGAAAAUCUGGAUGUAGGCGUGAUUGGUCCUCUCGAAGCGACACCGACUCUCUCAAUGGGGGAUGGAGAGGCAGAGCUUGCUGAAGGCGUUGAGCAGGAUUCGAAGCGACAGAAGUGCAUCAGCCUGAUCGCGGACAUGAUAGUCACGAUUGCAGGCGAGGUUUACGGCCAAAGAGACUUGCUGGAUCUUCGAAGCAAAUGGGCAGCACCCAGGGCAGACUGA